ACUGUCGAGUCUUCCUGAGUGAUCUAGACUUUACAUGUACUGCACGAACUGCCUACGUGGGCCUCGUCCCUUCAAGUCGUCCUCUCUUUUCUCCUUUCUAUUGGAGAGCCUGUAUCGUCCAAAGUUACCGGUUGGCCCAGCAUCAUCAUCAGCGACCCCUAUUCGCCUGCGACAUAGUCGAGCAACAGCGCAAAAAUCUACCCACAUUUCCAAACACAAUGGUCGCUUCGCCGGUUCCGGGGAUUCACGCUUUGGUGACUACAACCCUCCUGUGUCAAUGUCUCGCAAUGCUGCAAGGCGGUGGUCCAAAGUGGCCGCACCUCUCGUGAAGGAAAGGGACAGCGUCUCCUCCGAAGCACCCGAAGUGGAAGAGCGACAAUUAAAAGUCGAGUUUGAAGAGCAUGGACUGAGGUUGGACGAGUUCCUCGAGGAGAGACUAAAGAUUCGAAAGAACCUUGCACGACUCAAAGUCCUCAAUCACGAGGUUGCCGUAAGAGGGUCUGCUCACGCUCGAUUUGUGGAUUUGAAGCCGGCCGGUCAAGUUCAUGCUGGGGAUGUUGUUGUCGUUGUCAUGCCUAAACGAAGAAAGCCGGAAGCAGAAAUGACUAAGAAGGAGAAAAAAGUUCUUGAGGAGCAAUUGCAGGACGAGAUUGAGGUUCUUCGUUCCAACGUACUCUACAAAGACGAGCAAGUAUUAGUCCUAAACAAGCCCGCCGGGUUGGCUGUACAAGGUGGAUCCAAAAUGGGCAUUCAUCUCGACAAGCUACUCGAUGGAUUACAGUUUGAUGCAGCGGAGCCACCCCGUCUCGUUCAUCGAUUAGAUAAGGACACAACAGGCGCGCUCCUGCUUGCCCGGACAAAAGAAGCUGCAGUGCGCUUGAGCAACCUUUUCAAAUCUGCUGGGGACGGGGUCCAAAAAUCAUAUUUGGCGGUUGUCUGCUCUCUACCAGAAGCCUUCACUUCGCAAUCUGAAUUCACUCAGAUCGUCACAGGAAUAGUGCAGGUCGGGAAACCGGGUGUGGAGAAAAUGUCAACCGUCGAGUGGUAUGACAUCGAUGCCGCUAGUAGCGCGGAGGCUGGCAUAAAGAAGGCAGUAACAGAGUAUAGAAUCCUGGAUUCCGGAAAACAGGCAAGCUUGGUGGAACUCCGGCCAUCUACCGGGCGAAAGCAUCAGUUACGUCUCCAUUGCGCCAAAAUCUUGAAAGCACCAAUAUUGGGAGAUUACAAAUACGGAGCAGGCUGUCCAAAGAGCUUUGCGGGAUUCGUAUCGGAUCCCAGACGAGUUCCUCUCCAUCUGCAUAUGCGAAGCAUCAUCUUAAGGGACUGGUAUGGCACAGGCGCGGACUUGGAGGUGAAAGCGCCAUUGCCCUCCCACAUGAAAAAGACGUUACAGUCUCUGCGAAUCCCAGCUCCAUGAAGGAUCGGAUGCUUGAGCUCUUACUUAGGGUAUAGUAGACUACAUAAUAAUAAAAGCGUUGGGUGCCCUGGUAGAGAGUCGCAGAGAGUCGCAAGUCAAGCAGACAUGGCUUGGGGAUUGUUGACUCAGGUUGACGUAAAAGGAAUUAUUGCCGCUGUUAGGGUGUUGAAGAAUCGUCCUGUUCCAGCGACAAUAGUGUCUCAACCUCGUCCACUGUACGAGGUGUCGGUAAUGGUGGAUCAUGCUGCACAAUAAAAAAUGAGAAUAACCCUAG